CCAGGAACCGUUUCUUCUUCCUCUGCGAGCUCAUCAAUCAAUCCAUCAUCGCCAAACCCAAACAAGUCAUCGCCGGGCGGGCACCUUUCGCCGUGAUGAUGAACAGCUCGUCCGUGUCCAGGACCGCUGCCGGCCCACUCGCGCGCUCCUCCCGUAUCAUCGCCCUCCUCCCCUUGCUCCCCCGCCGGCAGUUCUCGCACUGUAACACCACUAGAUGUAGCCGCCGCGCCCGCGCCCCCAUCACCGUCUCCGCCUCCGCCUCCUGCCCCUCCGCCGCCAUCGUCUUCGUCGUCGGCGCCUCCUCCACCGCCGCCCCGCCACCCCCCGGUGCCGCCCGCCUCCGGCCUGCUACCGCUGCCGCUGCCGCUCCUGCUGCUGGGGCAGCAGCUGCUUGUGCUCCCUGGUCAGCGUCGCGGACCGCCCUCGGCACUCUUCUUCACCUUCGCACCACCUCGACACGCGCGCCUCAUCACGCCGCCCAGACAACGACCGUUCGCACAAUGGCUACCUCCCCGCCCACAGAAAUGCGGUUCAAGAACCCCGCCGUCUUUGUCUGCGACUUGCAGGAAAAGUUCCGCAACGCCAUAUACGAGUUUGACAGCAUCGUCCUCUCGACCACCAAGCUCCUCAACUUCGCAAAGGCCCUCUCCAUACCCAUCCACGCCACCACGCAGACCGUGUCCAAGCUCGGCCCGACGGUCCCCGCCGUCGCGGCCCUGCUGCCGAACCCGCCCCUCGACAAGACCAAAUUCAGCAUGCUCGUGCCCCAGCUCGCCGCUGCCCUGGCGCCCGGCUCCCGCGUCGCGCUCGUCGGCAUCGAGUCCCACAUUUGCAUCACCCAGACCGCCCUCGACCUGCGAGACGCCGGCCAUGUCCCGUACGUGCUCGCAGACGCGGUCAGCAGCUGCAACCGCGCCGAGGUCAUCGUCGCCCUCGACCGCCUGCGCGCGGAGCCUGGCAUCGUCGUAACCACCACCGAGAGCUGGAUGUAUGAGUCCCUCGGCGACGCCUCUCACCCUGCCUUCAAGAGCCUCUUUGGCGUCGUCAAGGGGUCCGUCGCCGACACCAAGCGAGUGCUCGAGGCUCUGCCACCCACGUCAAAGAUGUGAUCGACGUCACCGCCAAAACAAAUAGCAUAAAGGGGCAUGGACGGGGCAUGCGGCAUGGGCUUUGGAGCAAGUAUAUUGGUAUAUAACUUUGAUUACGCAGGCACAUGACGCGGUCGCCCGCGCCGCUACAUCUAUCGGAUCAUUCCGUAUCAGGCCAUUCCAAUAGCCUUGAGUGACCGCCAACACUUGCACAUGUUUUCAUUCGGGCGGCGCGACGUUGCGGACGCUCUGGACUGAAUAGCUCGCAUCGUGAAUAGCACAUAGCUAGUCUUCGGCGGCUGGCGUGCCAACCACAUGCCUGCUCACUGUCCGGUUUCCGCCGAAGACUUUGACUGCGCCGGCUUUGUCGAGGGCGUCAUCCAUGAAAAGGCCGAGGCCACGCCAACGGGGUUCGCUG